AUGUCCAGUGUGAGUUUAUGUGUGCAUAUUACUUUUGAAACAAGUGCAAGUAACUGUAGGGCGCGGUUUUCUGCACAGGAAACAGCAGCUUUCGGCAAGUGUGCUUUUGAACUUCACUUUUUUUUCUCCCUAGUACAUCACCUACCGAACGAGGUCAUUUUCAAGCUUAUUGUAACAUAUAAUGUUACUUCAAUGAAGUGAAAAUAUUUUUUUCAUUUUCCCAUAUGGUGUAGCAAUUACCCGUAGAAAGUGAAAAAAACAAAACAAAAACAAAAGAAAGAGAGAGGUAGCAUUUCCAAUUUGAAAAUCUGCUUUCUUCGAAUUCCAAAGCCAGGGAGACAUCUAAAUUUAAAAAGAGGUUCGUUUAAGCACAGUUCCCAGCUGAGUUACGUAAGGCAAGAGCGCCCGGGUAAGCCCGGGUAAGCGAUUGUGGUGUACUGUAAUCAUGCAAGUCUAACGACCUUUUUCACACUUGUAAUCGAAUAGCAGAGAUUAAAUCACGAGGUCGCUCGUGGUUUUUGUUUUUAUAAAUUGUAGCCACGUUUGUUAAUGAGUUCAGUUUAUCAAAGCAAAAGACGCGAAAGGUUCUGACUUUGUCCUCUGCUAGUAAGUGGUUUUUAUUUCGUACAGGUACAUUAUAACUUACGUAUCUCCCUGGUUCCCUUUCUGACGGGACUUUAAAUAUGGAGAGGAAUCAGCUCUCUUCUUCAUAGACUUUAUCGUUCAAGCAAAGAGAGGUUUUCUAGUUCAGUUUUGUUUUUUCAAUUGUCGCUGUGGGUAUGUAGUUUUUUUAAACCUACCUCACUGCAAUUUGAAACACCUAAAUCCCAAGAACUGGAGCAAGUUUUUUUUAACGGGGUAAAAAUAGUACAAUUUAUCGUGCACCUAAAGACCAGUUUACCUCUGUUGGAUAUCUUUUUCACAACAGGUGUGUCUUAUUUUUAAAGAAGCAGAAAAAGUCAGGCGCAAUUUUUAAUUUGGAUUGGUAAACGUCCGUUUCUUUCCCGUAUAUCCUGGGUCCCCUGGUUUUGUCUUUCUUGAAUAUUAUCACAUGAACUACAUACGGAAAACAAAACAUACAAGCCAAAGAGGUCUAUUCCCAAGGCGUUCUUUUAUUUUGACGCAAGUUAACUUGAGACUGAUGUACAUUUCUGUCUUUUUUUUUAGGAACACGAUGACAGUUGCGAGCAGAGGUAGAGAGCUUUUCAAGCUCGUUUUGCUGUUAAUGAGUUUUUCUAGUAUUUUGGCGAGUGGCUACGACGAUCAGUCAGGUAUUCCAUUUCGUUUGGAAAAAAAAUUACAAGAAAUCAGCACCAGAGUGAACUUAAAAACAAUUACCUACUUACGUAUCAAGGGCCCUAACCAGCCCCUGUGUGGAGGGGUGCUAAUUGGAGGGGUGGGGCUGGGGAAGGAGCUGACAUGAAUUUGGAAAGCGCCUUGUCCAAAAUUAGACCUUUCUCACUUUGAAUACUUACAGAAUGGUGAUCAUGACUUAAGGAAAUGAUUUUCCAUUACACGAGUUUCUCUGUCCUUCCGUAAAUGUGCCAGACUCUCUUACCCGAGUUCACUUCUUGCCUGUACUCAACGUGUAUUUCACCUUGUGAGUCCAAGCGGCUUCAUGAACCGACGUACGACUUAUAACCGUUAACCCUUAAAACCCUAAGAUCAAAAUUUGAAUUCUCAUUUUUUGCCCUUUUCAUUUCCUAGAGAAGUUAGUGGGGAGAAGUUGAUAAAAUAUCAAGCAAAUUCACCAUGUGUGAUCAUGUCUGUAAUUCUCAUGACCAUUCUGUUUUACAAAGCAUUAAUAUUACAAGGAGAAAUUUGAUGCUGAUCACUUUUAGGACUUAAAGGGUUAAAUAAACAUACCUACAUAACUGGAGUUAAUUAGCAAUGUUCAUGUGUCGUAAAUCAUGCUAACAGGAAAUUUAUUUCACCAGAAUGCGACUCUCCCCUAGCUGCGUCAGUGCCUGAUAACAGAUGGACCGCGUCGUCGACAUUGGACCCGAUCAAGUUCGGUCCUCACCUGGCUCGGCUGAGCAACACAGUUGAAACUGUCGGCUGGUGUUCUCCCUCUAGUAAAGAGAAGAAAAAAAGACCGUUUAUACAGGUCAGAAUCUUUCGAUUCAUCUUACGUUUGUUUUGUACUGAUCUAGCUUGACCAUUCCGUUGUCCAGUACCAAAAUGUCUGGAAAUUUUGGGGCAAUCUGAAUGGAUAACUCCGGUCUGACGGACGCAGGUACAUCAGUUUUGAUAACUAGUUAAAAUUCUAUUGAUGUGAAGUAUAUAUGAAAUAAUUCUAUUCUCCGUUAGGCUUGAUUACCAGCCGCUGUUCGGGAAAUGAGCCUGCGCUCCUCCCCACCCACCCCGCCCCCCUCCGAACAGACGGCCGUCUCCUCUCAGGGAGGACCUAGAGAGCAGCGGAAAUCGAUCCUAAUCCUUUGUUUUCUCGGCGAUAUCUCUGUAAUAAGCACUGUAUUCACGACUUGACCCAGAGCCAUCUCUUUUUACUUCCACAGCUUGACUUAGGUAGGAACAAGCGUAUUACGGCCUUAUCCACUGCUGGAGUUUUGAUUAAGAGCCAGUCAACUGGAAACUACAGCUUUAUGUACGCGUCACAGUACUUCCUGUCCUACAAGCGUGAGGACGAUAAGGCGUGGAGGCGUUACCAUAAAAAUGACGUGUCUGUGACGGUGAGAUACCAGCCGUUUUUUUACGUUUUUAAGCUUUACUUUCAUUUAUUAUGUUAUUUUUCUGAAUAAUUAUUUAACUAAUACUGGUUUGAGUAUAAGCUCAUAUCGAUAUUCCAGUCCUAACGGUAAACUGCCCACCUACCCCUCCCCCUAAGCCAACAUCUUGCCCUAAGUGAGAAGUAAGUGUUAAUGUUGGCUUAGAGAAGGCGUAGGUGGGCAGUUCCCCAGAAACGUAACUGUGGUAAAUGAAGUUCUCGUCUCUCGGUUACAUGCGAUUACACAGUUAGAACUAACUGUGAAUGCCUUAAGUGGUCAUCAAAUGACUUUGUGUUGGUUAUGGAAUUAAUCAUGAGCCACCAGAGUGGCGUACAAUCACUCGACAUUAAAAUAAGUGUUUUCUUCCUGUAGCUGAUAAAAGUCAACAGUUCUGAGAGUCACAAGCAGGAGUUAUUAACACCUCGCAUUGCGCGUUAUAUUCGACUGGUGAUUGUUGAUGUGGUUGGAGAAAAUUUGUGUUUGAAGAUGGAAGUACACGGGUGUCCUUGGACCAAACACGGUGAGCAUCACUCCUUUUGAACUCGCAUUUUAAUUUCUAUUCCUUUGAUAAUGGCAUCAUGAUGUCGUUGAAACGUCGGAACAUUGUCUCGUUACUUUUCACAAAUAACAAAUAAAUAAAUAAACAACGAUUUUGGGGAGCACUUCCAAAUGGUGGUUCUUCGUAUACCAUUCCUGGUCGAAUUGGAGUUUUAAAAUUUUGGUUUUUAAGGAGAGGGGAAACCGGAGUACCCGGAGAAAAACUUCCCGGAGCAAAGCAGAGCCGGAACCAAUUCCAAGCAGCUCUUCCAUCAUAAUCAUAAUAAUAAUUAAUAAUAAUUUAUUAAUUUGCUAUGGUGCCUUUUAACAUAUAGACUAGAUGAUCAAAAGAGCUUUACAUUGUCUAUAUUAUAAAAUGAAUCAAUGAUAAAUAAACCCGAUAAUAGGUAAAAUGCUAUUAAAAAUUACAUAAAUAAAAUGACAAUCAAAACAGUAUACUCAAAACUGUGUAAAAGCUAAUCUAAACUUAUGUGUCAUGACAUGUCUCUGAAAAGCGCCCAGUGAUCACGGAUAUGCGCGAGAAAGCUGUUCCGCAAUGUAGGGGCUGCAGCGGAAAACGAAAAUCAUUAGACUAAACCAAGUAAGUCAUCAGGCCCCUAAUACAUCCAAUGAAACCAGUUGCGCUAUGUACUGGAUAGUGAUUUAUUAUCCGGAGGGGCGUUAUCCACCUCUCGAACAACUGGGGCCAGGUGUUAAUCAUGUAGUUCAUGUUUAUAUUCUCAGAUGGUUUGAUUUCGUACAAGAUAUCCCAGGGAAAUGUCCGAGCGGCCGGCAAACCCGGCUGGUCGUUCCUACGGGACAAAGGUUAUGACGGCAAUCGACUCGCUUUCGGGACGAAGCUAGGACUCCUUUACAAUGGACUUGGCCAGUUAUCGGACGGAGUGACAGGUAACUUAGCAGACUGGAACGAUACUGGAAAUCCAGACUGGAUUAAAUGGAUCGGUUGGAAGGACUCCUUGACUCCUGAUCCUACUAUUACGUUCCAUUUUUCCGCUCUUCGUCGCUUUUCCAGCGUGCGAUUUCACAUCCUGAAUCUACCAGGUCGGCACGAGAAAAUGCUUUUCAGUAAAGUGAUACUUUCCUUCUCCAAAGACGGCGAAUAUUUUGCCUGGAAGACUAUUUACGAGCCCAGCAUCACCAAAAGAACGUCAAUGUGUAACCGAGCGUUUUGGAUCGAGGUCAACCUGGAAGGACAUGUUGGCAAGGACGUGACUUGUGAUUUUCAGUACUAUGGCUGGUGGGUGCUCAUCAGCGAGGUGGAAUUUGAGUCAGGUAAUUUCCUUUUUCCUUCCAAGAGCGUUUAUAUAUGACGUCACGGAUACAAAACCGUGAGACGGCGGCCAUGUUGCCUUAAUUUAUCAAGCCAAUUUUGUGGGACUUCAACUCCUUUCUUAUGCACACGCUUUCUUUUGUUUCGAGUUUCUCUAACUAGGCGGAAACCGUCAACUGGAGCGUCUAUCACCAAGUGACGCAGCGUUAAAUCUAGGUUUCUAUAUUUCGGUUUCUAUGCAUGCAAAAUUUCAAAUACCCGCCCAAUCCAAUCUAGAAGGUUGAUCCUCUCGCCAAAACCUAGUGUUCUUACUUUUCAAAUUUAUGUAGACGAGUCUAUAAUUAGCUAACAUAUAAUAAGCUUCGACCCAGGCCUUCCUUUUGCGAGAUGAACACUCCGGAGAUAUCGGAUCCUGUUGAAGGACAUGGGUAAACUCGUAAGAUAGAGUCAGCAAUAGAGUAGAGCUUUUGAUGAUCAAUCUUCUUACUUAGGGAUUUUCAGUUUGAAGUAUCACCCCGUCUUUUAUCUGAGGUAUUACCCCACCAGCCCCGCAAGUGUAACACUGAUCGAUCGUGACCCGCUAGUCGGUUAUUCGCUUAAUUGAUUUGUCGGUUUGUCAGUAUGGGCUUGGGAGGAUAGCAAGCUUAACAGACAAAGGAUUUUAUUGUUUUUACCUCUUAAAAUCCACAGUUGAGAUCUCACGUGGUGAUGGCGUUCUCGAGAACAGUAGCAUUGCACCUCUGACUACAUCAAACAAAGCGGUCACGGUUUUAGUCAACACAACGGAUGAGAUCAAAGUGGAUGGUGAGUCCGUAAUCUUAAGUUAUGUUGCUGUUAAGUUCGAAUGUACUAGGUAAAUAUCGUGCUAUUAAAGCGGAUUCGUCACGCUGCUAGCUAUCUUUUUAAAAAGCUAGUCCAUUUUCUGGAUGACAUAGUUAUCUCUAAUCAUUAUGUUGCCGUUUGUUUCCCAGAAUCCAGUAAAGACAUGGCCUCGGACGAUCCCUGGAACAGAGCCUUGAUCGCGGGUUUGGCUGCAGGGGUGGUGGGGGCAUUGAUGCUAUGUGCCCUUGUCGUGUUAAUCUGCCGCCGCCGAAAACGGCGAACGCGCGCCGAAGAAAUCUUCGACCGCAAUCCAAUCAGAAUCGUGAACCCAAGCAAGAAAAACUCACUAAACCGUAGGAACGAUCCAGGCGCCGCAAUGCGCUUCGACAAGCUGAGGAUGCUAGAGAAGGGAGAUGAGGAAGAGGACGAUGAAGAAGAGGAGAUGGGUUCGAUGUCGGAAAAGUGCAACUUGAAUAACAUUAGCAACAUGGAAAUGAGAGACUUCCUCAAGGGUAAGUAACCCAGUGAUCCCACAUUUUUCUCUUUGUUUUAGGAACAGCAACUGUUUUUUAAAUUUCUCUUUCCUUCGCCCAUUUAUCUUUGAUACGUGAAGUUGACGGUAGCGGAAAGAUCUGAGAAUUAGCUAUUCCUCUCCCAGCUGUUAACAUAGUCAAAACCCAAUAAAAAUGUCAAAUCUCCGCGCGUUUUAACGUGUGAAAGCACUGUUGAGGAGGUUUUACUUGGGAUGAUGAUAUCAUGGAAUGAAUGAACUAGAAAAUUCUGGGCCAAAGAUCACUUCAAGCGUUAUUUUAGGCUAACAUUCACAGCGAAAAAAAGGUGCUCUUUCACUCAGCAUCUAAACACCUUGUUCACUCUAUCUUCCCUUUUCAGUCGAUGAAAUGGCUUGCAGAAAUCUCCGGCCUGAGUCCACAGAAAUCUCUAUAGAGGAAGAGAAAGCAGCAGUCCUCGAGGAAAUGAGAAAAGUCAGUGAAAGCAGUGAUGAUUAGGAAUACCCCAGCUUAAGAAAAUUGCUUGCGAUGCUUAUCAUUUCUUGAGCCUUGCCGGCUCAUUAAGAACUGGGACACACUUUUAGUAGAGUUAAUGAUUUCUAAACUACGUUACUCUGUCCGUUGAGUUUUUUUCGCGUUGUUGCAAAGUAUGACUGGUUGAUACAAGCACCGGUUGUUUCGGCCAAUCAGGGAAUCCAAGACAGUCUUGUAUUCUGGAUUCCACACAAUGGAUUCCAGAUUCCAGGUAUUGAAUUCCGGAAUGUUUGUCAGUGGAACUUGGAUUCCGGAUUCCAAUCGUUUGUGGGAUCCGGAUUCUUCUAGCUGUAUUCCGGAUUCCAAAGCCGAGUAUUCCUGAUUUUAUUUGCAAGAAUUUCCCGUAUUCCGGAAUCCCUUACAUGGGACGAGAGAGAGCACCCUCGUAACGUCUGGUUUUCCUCCAAACAAUUUCAACGCGUAUUUUUGUAAAAUGGUCUAUUGGUUCCAACUUUUGAUAGGUAAGCCCACUCUUGGGUUAUUGACCUGGGCCGAGUUGUUGAAAGCUGGGUUAAGAUAACCCAGGGUUAGUGCCAAAUUUGAAUUCAGACAUGAAAGCUUAAAAGGCAAAUUCAGUUUAAUUCUUUUUGUCCACACUUUGAUGAUUGAAUGCUCUAAAAAUACUAGAGAAAUUUAUCCGAGAAGAUGCUUUGAAACAAAAGAAAACGAAACCCGGCGGAUAAAGAAUUAACCCUGCUGGGUUAGCGCUAAUCGGCCUUCGAACAACUGGGCCCGGAAUGAUAAGUAACAGUGACAUUGCACUGGUUUUAAGCUUCGUCAAGUAUUCUGAAACAGGUUUUAGGUUUCAUAGCUUUUAAAAUAACUCAGUUAGCAAAACAAGAUACACAGCGUGUUACUCUACAGCCAGCGUGUUAUUCUACAGCAUACAAACAAUCUUAUUCAGACAUUCUUAUCCAAUCCAUGCAAAACAACGUGAAUGAUCAGAUUAAAGAAACUUCCUUAAUUAAAAAUGUACUCCAAAAACGUUUUAUCAAGAAUGGCCACUUGAUGUUCCGUCUACCUGUUCGCUUUGUUUAUACACACCAUCAUUUAUGAGGAAAAUUACUUUACACACACGUAAGUUAGGUACCUACCACCCUUGUAAAUGCUGUCCGCUUCUAGGAAAUAUUUUCCUUAAUAAUUCAACUAUAAAAAAGAACCAGUGAAAAUAUGGACAGAGACUUCUAAUGUGGACACUCGAAUGCUUAUGCCGAAAUAACUAUAUUAGUUUUAAUACCAAUUUAUAUUGGUUUUAUAUAGAAUGGAGAACUUCUAUCUCUAUUUCUGCAAGAACCAAUAUUGAAUAGUAUUACGUUUAGGAUUCUGAAAGCUAUUUAUGUUGAGCAUAGCAUCCGCAGUUGUUAAAAUUUGUGUAAUAUAAUUCUCAGUUGAGGCUCGUUGAGUGCAGUCUUUGAAAAAUAAGGCGAUAUAUCAAGUAACAUUGUAAAGAAGUGGUAAUCAAAUUUAAAUUGAUUUCGGCCGUUUGUAAAUAGCUUACGGUAAGCACAAGUUCAUUGAAUACCAUUGAGCGGUAAAUGAAUUAUUGUCUGCUGGCGCGCAGUUCAAUGGAGAGAAGUGUGACGUCAUGUUACCAUGGUAGCAACAUUUGUGGAUCUCAACAACCUUUCUUGACAGAGACGGCCAUUUGCAUUGUCGAACGAUGGAAAAAAAGUGGGAGCUACCGUUUUGUUCCAGAGUGCUACAAUGCACGGAAAAGUCAUACGUGUCAUUUCUUUUCGUUUUUUCCCGCCAUAUUUGCGUGACCAGGGUUUGUUGAGAUCCAGAUAUUGCUACCAUGGCAACGCGACGUAACUACUUUUCCUGUCUAUUUCUUACAAUAAUAAAACUUGUUGCUUGCGGCUUGUGUUGGAAAUACUAUACUUAUUUGAUUGUUUACGGCUGGUUGACGAAUUCAUGUAAGUUCUUAGGAACUUUGGACAACAUUGAAUUUAUUAAAUUAGUGUUUUCGAAAUUUUAAAAUGUUAAUUGACGGAUUGAUUGACUUACUUCUGUUUAGCUAUUUUGUUGUACAGAUUUUUAUAUAAAUGACUUAUGUACAUAUGCGCUAUUGUCAUACGUCUUUCUUAAGAGAUUUAGGAAAUACAGUAAUAAAGGCUUAUGCAAAUGACUCUUAAAA